GCGAAAAGUUUAAAACCACAGCUAUAUCAGCGACAUCGGGAAGCCAUCCGCAUUUCUCAAUUCUUCCUCCUUUCAAUUUUGCCAACACAGUCCUCCUCAGUCUCCCUCCUUGUCAUCUACAGACCAGACAACAUGUGCGGAACCGAUGCUCCCAACGGCACCAAUGGUGCCUCCAAUGGCGUGAACCCCGCCAACUUCCGCUCCAACCCCUACCAGCCCGUCGGCGACUUCCUCUCCAAUGUCGGCAGCUUCAAGAUUAUCGAGUCCACUCUUCGCGAGGGUGAGCAAUUCGCCAACGCCUACUUCGACACCGAGACCAAGAUCAAGAUUGCCAAGGCCCUUGACGACUUUGGCGUCGAUUACAUCGAGUUGACCUCUCCCGCUGCUUCGGAGCAGUCUCGGAGAGAUUGCGAGGCCAUCUGCAAGCUCGGCCUCAAGGCCAAGAUCUUGACUCACGUCCGCUGCGAUAUGCGCGAUGCCCAGCUCGCUGUUGAGACUGGUGUCGACGGCCUCGAUGUCGUCAUUGGCACUUCCAGCUUCCUCCGCGAGCACAGCCACGGCAAGGAUAUGGCUUACAUUGAGAAGACCGCCGUUGAGGUUAUCGAGUAUGUCAAGUCCAAGGGACUUGAAGUUCGCUUCUCCUCCGAGGAUUCCUUCCGCUCCGAUCUCGUCGAUCUCCUUUCCCUUUACCGCGCUGUUGACAAGGUCGGCGUCCACCGUGUCGGUAUCGCCGAUACCGUCGGCUGCGCUUCUCCUCGCCAGGUCUAUGACCUCGUCCGUACCCUUCGCGGCGUCGUUUCGUGCGACAUCGAGACCCACUUCCACGACGACACUGGCUGCGCCAUUGCCAACGCCUACUGUGCUCUCGAGGCUGGUGCCACCCACAUCGACACCUCUGUUCUCGGUAUCGGCGAGCGUAACGGUAUCACCCCUCUCGGUGGCUUGAUGGCUCGCAUGAUCGUCACCAGCCCCGACUACGUCAAGAGCAAGUACAAGCUCCACAAGCUCAAGGAGCUUGAGGAUUUGGUCGCCGAGGCUGUUGAGAUCAACACCCCCUUCAACAACCCCAUCACUGGUUUCUGCGCCUUCACCCACAAGGCUGGUAUCCACGCCAAGGCCAUCCUCAACAACCCCAGCACCUACGAAAUUCUCAACCCUGCCGAUUUCGGUCUUACCCGCUACGUCCACUUCGCUUCGCGCUUGACUGGCUGGAACGCUGUCAAGACCCGUGUCGGCCAGCUUGGUCUCGAGAUGACCGACGACCAGGUCAAGGAAUGCACCGCCAAGAUCAAGGCCCUUGCCGACGUGCGCCCAAUCGCCAUCGACGACGCCGAUUCGAUUAUCCGUACCUUCCACCUCGGUCUUCACGAGCAGAACAAGGUCCAGCCUCCCGCUGUUGUUGAGAACUAAGCGGAAGCAGACCGUUCGACCGACGGAGUUGUCCUUUAGCAUGAAGGGGAAUAUACCAGGAUUUUUACGAGGAGAGAUGCUGGCAUCAUGACGAUUUUCUUUUUUCUUGUGUUUGGGGUCAUUUUUCACACAUCCACCGGAGUUCUUUGAGUACUAUAAUCUCCCUGUUUGGGGAGCAAAAAGGGGGUUGAUUGGGUUAACUGGGGAUGACUGAGCAGGCCAAUAUUGCCGACUGUGUUCCUAAUCAGGGGGAAUGCUCGUCGACACAUGAGCAUGAGAUAGACAAAAUCAACGGGAGACGAAAGUAGCAAUGUCACCUGGUUGUCCUUCA